UAUCAUCUACCUCCAUUGAUUCAGGACCUAAAGUAGGGUCAUCUACCUCUAUUGAUUCAGGACCUAAAGUAGGGUCAUCUUCACUUGUCUUCUGUCCUGGGUCCUCCUUUAGAAGGCCAAGUCAUGAUAAGGCCAAGUCAUGAUAAGGUCAAGCUUUUCAAAACACAACAACAAAUUAACCCUCUUCAUUCAGGACAAUGCUGUUAAAUGUAAUUACCACCCGAACAGAGUGGUUUUCAAGAGGUUGUUCUUUCCUGUUAUUCUUGAAUAGACCUUUUAUGUUGGAUACAAUGGAACCCUGACGGUCCUCUCUCUCUCUCUCUCUCUGUAGGGGGUCGUUGGUGGGGUAACGGGCAUCGUCACCAAACCUGUAGAAGGGGCCAAGAAGGAGGGAGCGGCAGGGUUCUUCAAGGGCAUAGGGAAGGGUCUGGUGGGGGUGGUGGCCAGGCCGACAGGGGGCAUCGUAGACAUGGCCUCCAGCACCUUCCACGGCAUACAGAGGGUGGCAGAAUCGACAGAGGAAGUGACCAAGCUGAGGCCGGUCAGACUGAUCCGAGAGGACGGAAUCAUCAGACCGUACGACCAGGAGGACGCCAAGGGUUACGACCUAUUCCAGAGGUCAGAGAUCAAGCAGCUGGAAGGAGAGAUCUUCAGAGAACACUGUUUAUACCCUGGACACAGGAAGACCAACAUUAUAGUGACCAACAGGAGAGUGAUGUGUGUGAAGGAGGUGGAGUUUGUGGGACACUUCAACAAAGAGUGGGAGUGUCUGUUUGAGUAUUUCUCAAGGCCUCCAUACGUGGAAGGAGGCGACCUGGUGAUCUACUGCAAGGAACAGAACAAGCUGAAGUUCCAAAAGAGAGAUGGACUGGAACCCAUGAGAGUGCUGCACCUCAAGUACCCUGCCACUGCCAAGAAACUGUGUGAGGCUAUAGAGCAGGCGCAGUCGGCCCAGAGGCAGCAUCGGAUGGUGAAGCAAAAAUCACAGCGCUUUCUCAAACUGGGAGACAAGUGUUGAUGUCAUCAGAACGAUGUCGCCGCUGCCCAGCAUGAAGUCCUGAUUACCCAGAAUGAAGUCCUGAUUACCCAGAAUGAAGUCCUGAUUACCCAGAAUGAAGUCCUGAUUACCCAGCAUGAAGUCCUGAUUACCCAGCAUGAAGUCCUGAUUACCCAGAAUGAUGUCAUAAUUACCCAGAACGAUGUCAUGAUUACCCAGAAUGAUGUUACCGCUGCCCAGAAUAAUGUCAUGAUUACCCAGCCUGACGUAAUCGCUACUCAGUAGGUCACCACUGAUCAGCCUGUACACUGUUCCUGCUACUGUACUGCCCAGCCGAACACACUGGUACUGCCCAGCACAACACACUGGUACUGCCCAGCACAACACACUGGUACUGCCCAGCACAACACACUGAUACUGCCCAGCACAACACACUGAUACUGCCCAGCACAACACACUGAUACUGCCCAGCACAACACACUGGUACUGCCCAGCACAACACACUGAUACUGCCCAGCACAACACACUGGUACUGCCCAGCACAACACACUGAUACUGCCCAGCACAACACACUGGUACUGUACUGCCCAGCCCAAUACACUGGUACUGUACUGCCCAGCCCAACACACUGGUACUGCCCAGCCCAAUACACUGGUACUGUACUGCCCAGCCCAACACACUGCUACUGUACUGCCCAGCCCAACACACUGCUACUGUACUGCCCAACACACUGCUACUUUACUGCCCAGCCCAACACACUGCUACUUUACUGCCCAGCCCAACACACUGCUACUGUACUGCCCAACACACUGCUACUGUACUGCCCAGCCCAACACACUGCUACUGUACUGCCCAGCACACUGCUACUGUACUGCCCAGCCCAACACAAUGCUACUGUACUGCCCAGCCCAGCACACUGCUACUGUACUGCGCAGCCCAACACACUGCUACUGUACUGCCCAGCACACUGCUACUGUACUGCCCAGCCCA